AUGGCACAUUCACUGAAGAAGAAAUUCGAAAAAGCGCUCCACUUUCGCGACAAAAAUGCUGCAGAACUGGAAGAACUCGAGAGCACUUUGCAUUCCAAUGAUAUGCCUCUCGAUGAAUGGAAAAGGCAUGAGAAAGAAUUCCAGGAUUAUGUUGUAAGUCCGCACCCUAGAUGCAAGACGAUGAAAAGCCCAUAUCAGCCAGAGGAAGACACUGCACCAACAACCAAGGAUGUUCUUGUAGCUUUGGGUGCAGCAGAGAAGCAGUCUGGUGAGAAGCGCAAACACGGUGAUUCUGAUGGACUUGAAGACGGUGGUGCGAGGAGUAUGGCUGCCAAUCUCGGAGCGUUGCUCAUAAUUGCCAUAGAUCUUGAGCGACAGCAAAAAGCACUAAAGCUUGCUGUUGAAGACAACCGAAAGGCUCCAUCAGCACAAAAAGAACACAGCAUUGACGAAGCCCGUCAAAAGCUGGUUGAUAAGAUGGACACUUGGUUUGCGAACCAUACAGCAGUAUUCGGACCGAUGAUUGCCAUGCUAAAGGAAGAGCUCACAGAUGUUGCUUGGCCAAGUCGUGAGCCUUGUGACCCAGAGGAUCAGAUUCUCCCGAUUCCAUCCAUCUACCCAGAAGCAGUACAGAAUCACUCCGCUUUCAUGACAUUCACUUCAGCAGAGCGUCUAUUGCGCCAAGCACAGGCAAAUGAGGCCCUACGAGACAUUCGAAACAAACUUGGCCUACAAGCCUUCUUGUUCAGGAAGACAGCUGGGACUUUCAGUCAAUCAGCGAAGACCCGGAGUGGUAAGAUUUUACAGACAACCAGAGACAAGAUUGAUGAACUGUGUGUCGAGUAUGAAUGUGCUCGUGAGAAGCUGAAUAUUCUUGGAGAGCCACUUGACAGCCACAAUUACCAACCAUUAACAACACCUGACUGUCAACCGCUGAAGCUGUGGCAUGACCAGGAGAUGCCAGGACAACAGAAGAAGGAGAUACCCUGGAUAUGGCGUGAUGGGGCGUAUCGUGGCACUAAUGUUAACAGUUGGGCCAAUGAAGCGACACGGAUUGAGUGGUUCAGAGCUAGUGCACGAACCAUGCGUUGGACCGAAGAAUGGUGGAAAGGCGAGUCAGAGAAAGGAGGGUAUGAUUUGGUUAGUCGUGGAGCAGCAGCAUUUGCAGCAAGACAAGCCGCUAUGUAUGCUCGGCUGCUUCAUGAUGCUCGGAAACAUAUCCCUGAGCAUCUGCAUAUUCCUCUGGCAAACACUAACAUCAUGGUGCUUAGUGUCACUCAGAUCGAUACACAACUCAACUCAGGCAUGCCCUCAUUCAGCAUUGAAGAUGUUGAUGACUAA